UAUUGUAAGAGCUUCUACGUUUUAAUGAACCUAUUAAAAGGUUAAAGACUUGACAUCACAAGUAAGUGAGCUGUUACGUUUCAGAGGGUAUGUGUGAGACCUUAAUCAUCUGCGUGCACAAGUGACAGUGGUUUUUAAUAGACAGGUAUAGGACAGCACAAGCCACGUCCUAGCCAAUCACAAUCCAGAGUCCAGGUGCAUAGAGGCUGAUAACAGCCGUGAGCUGAGCUCUAUAAGGCUCAAUGUGUCCGUAGAAAUACCUUGGGACAGUAUCAGCUUCUGUCUGACCAUUUAAAGACUUCAUCUUUUCUAUUUUCAUCAACCACUUCUACAUAAGUUAUCUUCAAAGAAACAUGUUUUCCUCGCUGCUCCUUCUUUUUCUGUUUUCUGGUUGGAGCCAGUUCGGUUCUGUGUCAGGUUCUCCUGCUUUGGAGGAGGUUUAUGGAGACGUGGUCAGUGUCCUGUCUCCAGGGCAGCACCAUCUGACCGGGGAGUCGCUUCGCUCCCUCUUUAAUACACUGGAGAAACGUGUGCAGUGCGCUGAAGUGUCGUGUGAAAAGUGUGAUCUGGCCGGCUCUGUGCAUCAGCUCAUCGGCAACUCCUCCAUCCACCGCAAGCCAGAGGCCAAACACAGCACAGAAGACAUAACCGUCGACGUAUCUCAGUUCACGAGUCUCGCUGCCGGCUGCGUCCUUUACCUUUCUGCCCCUGGUCUGGUCUGCAACGCCACAAGUCAGGGGAAGUGGAAAGCGGAAGCCGAACACUUUCUACACAACCUCGUACACAGAGAUCACCACCAGCCACACCACGACCAUGACCACAUGCACACAGACGUCGAGGCGUUGGAGGCUCUCCUUCAAGAGCUUCGCCAUCAUUAUGAGCCCUCACACCAUGAGAUGUGCGUGACAGCCAGUGACAUCAUGAGGGCCGUCCACGGAGACCACACACAGAUAGUGGGUGCAGUUUUGGGCCGCGUCCUGUAUCACGCUCUGCUGGGUGACUGCUUCCGUGUUCUUCCCGAGGAGAGUUUCUUCCUGGACUUCAUCAUGGGCCGACUCACCGCGUCAAACUAUUUCACUGUUGAGGAUCUGGAGACUCUUAUGAGGAGCCUGAACAUUGGACAUGAACACGUGGAAGAUCACACCGAUCAUGAUCACAGAAGUCAGAGGCGGUGGAAAAGCAGCGAUCACGAGCAUCAUGAGGAAAACAGCACCUGGGAGCAGUAUUGUUUCUCAGCUGAAGAGCUUAUCCUCAUCUACGAUUUGCCGGAAAACAGUUCUGCCUCCUCUGCUCUGGCUCGGCCCGACAUGGCUCAGCUCAGCCCCGCACUCAUCCAGCAGAUCCUGAGUGGAGCCUGCGCACACGUCACAGAACCAGUGCAGUCCGAUGGGCUAUCCCGGACUGAGAGAUACCUCUAUGCAACUCUUGCCAAUGUGGUGAUCACACUCACGUCCAUGUUUGGCAUUGUGGUGCUGCUGUUUACCUCCUGUACCAACGUCUUCCAGCUAUGCAUCCAGUUUUGUAUCAGCCUGGCUGUAGGCACACUGACUGGAGACGCCCUACUGCACCUGCUGCCCAUGUUCCUGGGCCUACAUGUGCACUCGGACAACGACAGCCACCACGACCACAGUCACGAGGAAGGAACUCCAGACUACACAUACAAGAUGUUGGUACUGGUAGCUGGGAUCUACUGCUUUUACCUGAUGGAAACUCUUUUCUCUCUGAUCACAUAUAAAAACCACCACCAUCAUCAGCAUCACCAUGCGGAAGAAUCUGAGCCUCACCACUGUGACCAUGGGAGAGUUUUAGAGAUGUAUCAGCAGGAAAGGAAACAAAAACAACAAUCAGCGUCAAAAGCAGAUCUGGUUGACUAUGAAGAUGUUGAGGAACCACAGUCAAAAAAGCGCACCAGAGAACAACGUUUGCUGCCUUACAUGAUAACUAUUGGUGAUGGGAUCCACAACUUUGCAGAUGGAUUAGCAAUCGGUGCAGCUUUCUCCCUGUCAUGGAGGUCUGGUCUGGCCACUUCUGUGGCUGUUUUCUGCCACGAGCUACCACAUGAACUUGGGGAUUUUGCCAUUUUGCUCCACAGUGGAUUGUCUGUCCGCAAGGCUCUGCUUUUAAACGUUAGCAGCGCCAUGGUCUCGUUCAUCGGCCUGUACAUCGCUCUGUCUGUCGCCACUGACCUUGCCACCAAACAGUGGAUAGCUGCCAUUACUGCAGGACUCUUUCUGUAUGUAGGACUGGUUGAUAUGAUGCCCAACAUGGUCCAUGCCAGCAACAAGAGACCCUGGUUGAUGUUUCUGCUGCAGAACGUCGGCCUUGUGACCGGGUGGGUUCUUUUGUUGUUGCUGUCGCUCUAUGAAGAGAAAAUCAGCUUUUAAAACACAAACCAUCAAGGCAAUUUUAUCAUUGCUGCAGUUUUUCCCCUUUUCUCUAUAUUUAAUCACAUGUUUUGUUGCAGAUGACAUAAAGUAACUCAGUUGAUUAUGUAUAGUCAUAUGAUCAGUGACAGAAAAAAUAAUUGAAAUGUUAAGUUCAGGUCUUUUUUUCUCUUUCCCUUUUUUGCUUCGAUAAAAUGCCAACAUAUAUCAGAGUAGCGUACAUGUUGGCUGCCCUGGUAUUGAUCAGAUUUCUGUAGCCUUUUGUGAUUUUUAUCAAAUGAAGUUGUUAAGCAUGAAUUUGAAGCAAAUUUGCCAAAGAGACAUCGAUUUGUUAAGUAAAUGCCUUCUAAUGUAUGUGAUAAUAAUUAGUAUUUUCAUCUUGUUCAACAAAUUAAAAUCUU